ACGCAACCGUCUUUAAAACGCGAUUCUAAUGUUUUUCAACGCACCUUUAAAUGUUGCAAACGCACUUCACUGGUGAUCGCUCUGUCACUUCAUCGGAGCAUUUGAGCACCAUGGAGGAGGAACCGGAGAGAAGGAAAGCCAUCGCUCUCUUCAUGGCUUUCGGUACCAAAGGCGAUGUCUACCCUCUCGCUGCCAUUGCUGCAGCUUUCGCUCGUGUUCAGCAACACUACUCUGUGGUUUUGAUGUCACAUUUGGCUCAUGAGAACCUAAGCUCUCACUUGAACAAAGCAAACGUUUCCUAUCUUCCUAUCAAUUCUCCUCCUGCCCUGUCUAGUGAACCUCAGGGUACUCAAAACGCCGCAGAGAAACUAUUUUUGGAGGAAAAAGAAAGGAUAAAAAGGGAACACAGAGAAGAGUGUCAUUCUGCAUUCAAAAGCAUUUUCGGAAAGGGUCCUUGUAUGGAGGGUGAUUUCGUUGUCAUAAAUUUCUUUGCAUUGGAAGGAUGGAGCCUUGCAGAACUUUUCCAAAUCCCUUGUGUGGUAGCGGCUCCUUAUGUUGUUCCGUAUAGUCCACCAUCAGGCUUUGAAAGACAGUUUAGGAAGGAACUCCCAGAUUUGUACAAGUACUUGAAAGAAGCCCCCAUCGGCAAGGUUAGCUGGAGUGAUGUAACUCAUUGGAUGUGGCCUCUUUUUACUGAAGAAUGGGGAUCGUGGCGCUACGAGGAACUCAACCUAAGUUGUUACCCUUUUGCAGAUCCAGUAACAGACCUUCCAAUUUGGCGUAGCCGGCCGCCAUCUCCCUUGGUCUUGUAUGGUUUCAGCAAAGAAAUCGUCGAAUGCCCUGAUUACUGGCCCUUGAGCGUUCGAGUUUGCGGCUUUUGGUUUCUGCCCAAUGAAUGGCAGUUUUCAUGCAACAAGUGUGGAGACAAUCCUUUUACAGGGCGCCUGGGUACAGACGAUUCCCAUACAUGCUCAAACCACUCUGAGUUGUAUACUUUUAUAUCGUCUUGUGAGCCAGAACUGCCUAUCUUUGUAGGGUUGAGUUCUGUUGGAAGCAUGGGCUUUGUAAGGGAUCCCAUAGCCUUUCUUCGAGUUCUCCAAUCUGUUAUCCAGAUUACAGGUUACAGAUUUAUCAUUUUCACAGCAGGUUAUGGACCUUUAGAUGCAGCAAUUUGGACCAUUGCUAAUAGAUCAGAUUCAAGUGAGAAACAACCGUUACAUGCAGGAAUCUCUAUUUUCAACGGCAAGCUUUUCUGUUUCCCUGGUAUGGUGCCAUACAAGUGGAUGUUUCAAAGAUGCGCUGCAGCAAUUCAUCAUGGUGGCAGCGGUUCUGUUGCUGCAGCAUUACAGGCUGGAAUCCCGCAGAUCAUAUGCCCAUUUAUGCUGGAUCAGUUCUAUUGGGCAGAAAAGAUGUCUUGGCUUGGAGUUGCUCCUCAACCAUUGAAAAGAAACCACCUGCUUCUAGAGGAACCAAAUGAUGAAAACAUCAUGGAAGCUGCACAAGUGGUAGCAAAAGCCAUAUACGAUGCACUGUCUGCAAAAAGUAGGGCUUGUGCGAUGGAAAUUGCUGAAAUAUUAUCUCUUGAGGAUGGAGUCACAGAAGCUGUGAGAGUGCUUAGAGAAGAGGUGUGUGUUUCAGGCAGCAACCGAAUGUUUGGAUGAGCAUCGUCAUAUACAACGUAAAGCUUACAUCAAGUGAUGGUGAUCAAUGCAUACUGAUUGUUGGCAACCACAAAAGAACGUUACUUUCCUUUUCUACUAUUAAUGUUGCCAGUCUCCAAGGCUCAAACCAAGGCUUAUACACAGCUCUUUGUUAUAUACUUGUUUUUUCCGUACUAAUUUUUGUUUUUUGUUUUUUUCCGUCUUGGAUAAAUUUAUUAGAAAUGGUAAGCAACCAUUACAAACCAA